AUGUCAAAUUAUACGCUAAAUUUUAGCAAAAAUGUCGAAAUACUUGACAAUGAUUGUCUGGUUGGCGGCAAUAUCGUCAUCAAUGGCCAAUACAGAGGAAAUGCAAUUUUGGUUAUAUGUGAUGAUUAUAGUGAUGAUAAUUAUCAUCAAUUGAGUGGUAUCUUUGAAAUUGAUUAUGAAUUAUAUUCAAUUGACAAAACAAGUGUUUCAAAUGUCAGUUUGUGGUCAACAAAAGCCAGACGACGCUCGAAGAGAUCCAAAAAAUGGUAUGUCAUCGACAAAGUAACUCAAGUAACGGAUGAACCGAAAUGUGGAAAUCAAAUUUCUGAGUUAGAUUUGAUGCUAAAUCCUGUCUUCAGAAGUGAAAUACCCGACGAACCGGACAUUGAUUUUGGCGAAGCAUUUAUCAAAGUAGCGGUUUAUUUGGAUCAAUCAUUGUUCAAAUACCGGUUCCGAUCCAAUCUAAAUCAGGCCAAACAGUUUGUUGUACUUCAUAUGGCAUAUCUUGAGAAACAGUUAAGACAACCGAAUCUCAUGCGACACAUCCGUAUUAAUCUAGUUAUCCGACACUUUGAAAUUGCACCCUUCAAUCAAUUGAAUACUAAUAUUAGACCUUAUUUAUGGGAUUUAUGUAAAUGGGCUGAAAUUAAUGAGGAAUCCAAUGUCAAUGUAUUUUUUGCCGGUUCAAAUCAGUGGUGGGUAGAAAACAGCAGGUUUUCCAGCAGUGUAUUAGGACUGGCCUACACCAAGAGGCUGUGCGAUAUAUACAGUUGUAUGAUUGUUGAAUCGGCUCACGGAUACCAAUCGAUGCGUACACUGGUUCAUGAAUUUGGGCACAAUAUGGGUGCCUAUCAUGACGGCGCUACAAAUUAUUCAUCGGAAAUGUGCGAUAGAAAUAGUUAUAUAAUGUCGCCGACGGUCAGCGCCGGUAAAACCCGAUGGUCUCCGUGUAGUAUAAAAGCCAUUAGAUUGCAUUUGAUAUCAUUGGCACGCUAUAACGAUAAUAGCAUAGCAUGUUUAGCUCUACAAGUGGCCGCAAUCAGUCCAGAUUUGGACAUAACUAACAAAUCGUUGAAAUAUCCCGGCCAGAAAUGGACAGCUGACCAACAGUGCAAACUUAUUUUCGGACCAAAUUUUUCGGAAAACAUGGACUCCGAUAAUGAGAAUGUAUGUUUGAAACUCAAGUGUUCAAACAAUUUCUUUACAUUUUCAACAAUCGGUGCUUUUGAGGGAACGACAUGCGGUCCCAAUAGGAUAUGCAAUCAGGAUAUCUGUAAACGUUUUCUAAUUGAUCCAAAUUAA